AUGUUGACACAACAGACUUUAGAGUUCGAUUUUAAUACUCAACAUCAUUUACAAGAUGGAAAUGUUCUUAUAAAGUCUGAAGAUUAUCUUAACUAUUCCCCUAUGGCCUCUAUUUCUCAUCAAUCUUCUCAGCAUUUACCUAUGCAAAUUGAACUUGCGCAAGAUGGGAUGCCUUUUAGUGGAUGGUGA